AAUGGAGUAUUUUGCGCGUUGUACGAUUUGAUAAUAGUACGAUUGCAUACUUGUGUAUGUUUUAACAUGAAUCAAGGCAAUUAAGUCGUACAUAAAAUUAUUUGGUCAAAGUAAUAUCUAAAUUAUAAAUUAUAUAAAAAUACCAGUAUGUUUAAUGUUGAAUAUUGACAAGAAGAUUUUAAAUACUGCAAAGAAGAUUUUAAAUUUAUUGGAUAAACUGGAUGCAAAGCUUAACGUAUACAAAUUAUAUUAUGUAUCUUUCAAUCAUUUAUGGGGUUACAUAAAAGUGACAAGGAAAAUUAAGGAGUUUAGUAGUUAGUACAUUACAAGAUUGUACCAGAUUUUAAGAAAUGUCCAGAUCAAGUAUUAAAUAUCAAAUAGUUAAGAAGGAUGAUACUUUAUAUUACUUGUCCUCUCAAAAUACACAAGACUAUCAAAAUAUACCUAAAAAGGAACCUUGUAUAGGUGCCUUACAAACAAUUUUAAUAAUUUCUAUUUAUUUUGUUUUAUCUAUAGGUCUUACUUUUUAUCAGAAAUGGCUUUUCAAAACAUAUGGUUUUAAUUUUCCUCUUGGAGCAGUAACCUGUCAUUUAUUUGUGAAAUUCAUAUUGUCUGCAUUAAUACGUUGCAUUAGAUUAUGUUACAAAGGAUCACAAUAUUAUGUCAAACUUACUUGGCAAAAUAUAAUAUGUUCACUAGCACCUCCAGGCAUAGCUAGCGGACUGGAUGUCGCUCUAUCAAAUUGGUCAAUUGCAUUAAUCACAAUAUCUUUAUAUACUAUGACAAAGUCCAGUACCAUAGUUUUUAUUCUUGGAUUUUCUCUUAUAUUUAAACUUGAAAAAAAGUCAUGGUCUCUAAUAGCCAUAGUAGCAACAAUAUCAGGAGGCUUAUUCAUGUUCACUUAUAAAUCCACUCAAUUUCAUGUGCUUGGGUUUAUAUUAUGCCUUCUGGCAUCGUUCUCAAGUGGUCUCAGAUGGACUAUGGCUCAAGUCAUAAUGCAAAAAUCUAAAUUGGGUCUUCAAAAUCCAAUAGAUAUGAUUUAUUAUAUGCAACCAUGGAUGUUGCUACCUGUAAUACCUAUUACAUUAUGGUUUGAGGGUCCAGAAAUGUACAAUAAUUUUAAGAACAUUAAUUGGAAUGAUUUUGAACCAAUUAUGUUAACUGUAGCUGCAGUCAAUUCUGGAGCUGUUUUAGCAUUUGCUAUGGAAAUAACAGAGUUUUUAGUUGUCACAUACACUUCUAGUCUAACACUUUCUGUUACAGGAAUAUUUAAGGAAAUAUGCAUAUUGAUAUUAGCUUUCGAAUGGAAAGGUGAUCAUAUAAGUGGCCUAAAUUUUGUAGGUCUGUUAUUGUGCCUCGGCGGAAUUAUACUUCACGUUAUUCAAAAAGUAUUAUUUAAUAGAAGUAAGGUGAUUGAAAGUUUAGAACUAAGUGAUAAUUCAGUAGCAAGUAACAGCUCUAAAAAGGAAGAUGGAAUUGAUACGAAUUUACCCUUAUUAACACAAAAAUCUAGUUCCUUAAUUAAUUUAUUAACUACAGAUUUUACUUCGGACGAGGAAGAUGAUAUUAAAAUGAAAGAAAAUUCUUCUCAAGUAUUAUCAAAUAUUUUACAACGCAGGGAAUGAAUGUAAAUAAAAAAAAAAAAUCAUAUUUAUUUUUCUUCUUCCAUGGAAUUAAGUAAUUAGCAAUUGAUAUACCAAAUUUUCCACAUGCAAGAAAAAGCAGAAUCGACGUAUAUUCCGUAACUAUUAUAAAAAAAUGAGAGAGGCUAAAAUUUAAUAACAAUUUUAAGUUAAGCCAGAUAUGAUAAUAUAAUUGUUAAUAUUUUUUGUUUUUUAUUGAAGUUAAUAUUGCAUUAAUAAAUUGUUAUAAAAUCAUUCCAUAAAAUAAUUUAGUUAAAGACAAUGCAAGAAAUAUGAAAAAGUUCAUUAUUUUUUAGCAGUAAAGUAUAAUUAAUCUAUGAAAAUAUUGAUAUUAUGUCAAAAGAAACAAGUCGCUGUCAGAGCAUACAAUGUAAAUUAUCAAUAAAUAACUAUUUAUAGAUAUAA